AUUUUGUUUUUCUGAUGUAAACAUCGAAUGAAUGGCCGAGUUGUUUCUGCGUUGUGUUAUUUUCUGCUUUUGGAAAUUUACAGAGCAUUUUUACCCAUUUCCAGUUCAGUUUUUCAUUAGAAUAAAUUCAGUGAUGACAAUAUUUGUAUCGGUGCUGGUUUCGUAACAAUCCAAUGAUGUCUCCAUGUGAAGGCGUUACGGACUACAGUUCAUUGCCUUAUGUAAAACUCGAAAUGGUGUUUCUUCCGUGAACAACUAAAAUAUACAGUGACAUAUGUGUAGUGUGAAUAUUGAAGACGAGCGCUAGUUAGAAAAGUAUAAAAUGUCUAACUCGACAGCGCAAGUGUUGAUGAAGAAAGGUAAACGUGGGGCAGCUGCCUACAUACACGCGGACUGCGCCAGCGGUUCUCCGCAGCAUUUGGGUCCUUUACUUGACGUGCUGCUGAAUCCCAGCAAGGCUAUAGAUGAGUGGGAGACUAUGGAUUGGUGCCGAUGGCUCAUUGCCGGAGGUAGAACACCCGACGAGUUUGCAACCAUAGUUCGGAGUUACGACAAACACGACAAAUGCGGCCUGGUGUGGAUACCGCGUGUGGUAGCGUACCGCUGUCGCACGUGCGGCAUCUCACCGUGCAUGUCCAUCUGCCGCGAGUGCUUCCACCGCGGCGACCACUCCACGCACGACUUCAACAUGUUCCUGUCGCAGGCCGGCGGCGCUUGCGACUGCGGCGACAAAUCAGUCAUGAAGGAGGACGGAUUCUGCAGCAAUCACGGUAACAAAUGCCCUCGACCUGGCACAGCGCCGGCCGAGCUAAUGUGCGUCGCUGAAGCCAUGAUGCCAAGACUCAUACUUCGGCUACUACAACACUUCAGAGAGAACAGCGACAACUUCAGCGCGUCCCCGGGAGCACAGUCCAAGUCGGAUGGGUACAGGAUCGCGGUGAACGACUGCGAGUUCUACGUGCAAAUGUUGAUGGAGUUCAACAACAUGGGUGAUCUGAUGCGCUCCGCCAUGACGAAAGCAUUGAUUAACCCACAGAUGUAUCGCAACCUGGUGGAGCCUCCGUUCCCUGAGACGGAAUAUGGGUGUUACAUGGCCGAGUCCAACAAAAUGUACGAACAGGCACUAGAUAACUUUCCUGCGCCAGAACCACCCGAUGAAUACCGCCACUUGCCUGCUCUGGCGCCGCGGCUGCAGCACAACACUCUGUUGGACGAGUUCAUAUUCUGGACGUUCAAGUAUGAGUUUCCACAGAACAUUGUAUGUUUCCUACUCAACAUGCUACCCGAUCAAGAUUACAAGGAGCACCUGACGCGCACGUUCGUGAUGCACUACGCGCGCAUCCCGCUGGUGCUGGAGGCGGCCGCGGACCCGGACACGCUCUCCAACCGCGUGGUGCACAUGUCCGUGCAGCUGUUCUCCAACGAGGCGCUCGCGCUGCGCUGCGUGCAGCAGCUGCAUCUGCUGCACGUCAUGGUGCUGUCCCUGCGCCUCAUGAUGGGCAAGAUCCUCGUGCAGAAUACGUUGCACGACCCGGAACAGAACUUCCACUACGUGAUCGAUUGCACCCAGCGCGUCAUGAAGGAGCACUGUUACUGGCCGCUAGUGUCCGACUUUAACAACGUGCUGUCCCACAAGAGCGUCGCCCUGCUGUUCCUGCAGGACGACGCCCUCAUCGAUAUGUGGUUCGAGUUCCUAUCUAUGCUGCAAGGCAUGAACGUGAACGUCCGCGAGACCGGCGGUCACAUAGAGUUCGAGCCGUCGUCGUACUACGCGGCGUUCUCGUGCGAGCUGGAGGCGGCCGCGUACCCGAUGUGGUCCGUGCUCAGCCACCUGACGGAGCCCGCGCACGCGGCCCUCGCGCGCCGCAUCGUGGCCGCCGCGCUCACCUACCUGCAGGAGUGGCUCGACGCCGUGCACUUCACCGCGCCGCACAUGGAGCGGACGGAGGUGAUGCAGGCGUCGUUCCACUUCCCGCUGCACCGGUACCUGGGCGCGUUCCUGUGCGCGGCCGUGCGCUGCAUGGGCGUGCGCGCGGCCGACGUGCUGCCGCCGCCCGACCUGCUGGCGCUGCUGGCCGUGCACCCGCUCAGGGUCCAGGUGCGUACCUCCACAUUCUAUACUUCAAAAUUCUAACACGGCCU